AGACGAGAGCGUUUUACGAGCGCGUGUAUCACCAACCGUCCCUCGAGAACGCGUGCUGGUUGAAUGGAAGAGGCGAGACCCCGCUAGAAGCGGCCCGUAUGCAUUGCAAUUGGGGACAAAAUUGGAAUAUUGUGUCCUGAUAAUUGCAGAACUGGCAUGUUUGGUGAACUUCUACACGGGGAACCUGUAAAACGAUGUAAAUAAUAGCACGGACACGAAUUUGGUUUUCCUUUCUGUACUAAGAAUGAUCCUAAAAACCCACUCAUCCACUUUUCUGUGAGGGAUUUUUUAAGAGGUUUUUUUUUUUUAUUAUUAAUUAUACUAUUCUUUUAAAAGACAUGGAAUUUUGUAUGCAGUUUUGCAAACUUACAUUUUGAUUGAAAAGAAUACGUGACAAAAAUUUCAGCUUUAUACGAUGUUUUUGCAUUGGAUUUUUGUGUGCUUACACAUUGAGGGGAUUUUUGGACAUGGAAAACUCUGGGAGCCCCCUAGUCGCUCUUCCAUGUGGAGACGGGGAUUCCACACCCCUAUGAAUGCGAAUGAUAACGAGUUGAACUGUGGUGGGUACGAGAACCAGUGGAUCCACAACAGAGGGCGCUGCGGGGUCUGUGGUGAUCCUGUCCAAGACAUUCCCAGACCAAAUGAAGCAGGAGGCAGAUACGCAUCAGGAGUCAUCACUCGGAACUACAAAACUGGUGAUGUCAUAGACUUAACAGCAGACCUCUCAGCGAACCAUCUUGGAUAUUUCGAGUACCGAGUCUGCCCUGUUGAAGAUCCGAAUGUCCCAGUAACGCAAGAUUGUUUGGAUAAACAUCCUGUUUACAUAACGGAGACUCGAGAUGGACGAUAUCACGUGAAAGCAUCCGAAAACGGAGUGAUUUUCAUGAAGGGUCGUCUGCCUGCAAACAUGUCAUGUGAUCACUGCGUGUUACAGUGGCGUUAUAAUACAGGUAAUCGAUGGAACUGUGAUAUCAAUGACAAUUGUGGCCAUGGAAUGGGUCCACAAGAAGAGUUUUACGGGUGUGCAGACAUUUCUAUUAUGGAGAGCCCAGACUCUACGAGUGGCUCCAGGGAAUCACCAUUAAAACCCUUUGAGCCUUUGGAAAUACAAUUCCAACAGACACUGCAAAACUUCAGAAGCAUUUCCAUGGAUGAGGUACCUUAUUCUGAAGAUCAGAAAACCUACUCCACUGAUAACUACCAAACUUCUAUUGUUACCAGUGCGUAUCCAGAGGUGAUUACGAGAUCUUCGGUAACUGAAAAUUCGGUUUCUGCUUCAAGAAACUUGUCGGAAUCCACUGAAAUUCUUCCAUCCCUGUUAGCGGCAAAAGAAACAAAACAUCAAACGCCAUCAAGUUUUAUCAAGCCAGUAACUUUAAAAUCAGUUAUUAACUCUCUUCUGGAAUCAGAUCCAGCGAUAGCUAGAUCAAGAACGCCACCGACCGUGAUUCAGCCCGUAACAGUAAAAUACGCGAUGAAAUCGCUGCUGAAUGCUGAACAGACAUUAAAACUUAAGUCGCAGCCAACUUUGAAAAUCGAUGCUCUUGAUAUCAAGACAACGCAACACAACGGACAAAAAGUGGCAGUUCUGGAAAAGCUCUCCGAUAUGCUUUGGUCGAUGAUGAAAUCACUCCUUGUAGAGUCCAACAAAAGGAACGGUCAGAAUAUGGCUUCAGUAAAAUGGGAUCCAUUGAGGUCUCUAGGAAAAUCUCCAGUUCCAAAUACAGACAUGAAAAACCGCUACAAAUUUGAGCUCAAGUCACCCUGGCCCCCGACUCGACCAAUGAUUGUUCAAGCCGACUACGGCAUUGAUGACAUCAUCGAAGGCAACCCAAUAGUUCUGAGUGAAAUUUCUCCGAAAGAGUAUCUCAAGGGUCCGAUGAGUAAGUUUAGAUCAGCCUUUAAUGGGAGAAUGAGCGAAUUUGAUAAAUACCGACAUCACACGCACAAUCUCGAUUCAAGGCUAUUUGAGUUGAAGCAGAAACGAGACAAAAUGACAACCACUGAGGAAAUGGCAACUUUAAAGACACUGGUCUGCUCUGGGGCAAGCAGCUUUCUGUAUGUAAAAGGAAUCAACACCUGGUGCACGAGAAAUUGUAAAGCAGGAAAUUGUCCGCAACACAUGUGCAGAUGUGUAAACAAAAGGGUUAAAGUAACCACGAGUUCUAUGUUAGAUAUUGAAACCACCACUUCAAAUCCCAUUGACCCCACGAAGCCCCCGAUAUUACCAAUUCUCUCGGAAUUUAACCGUGACGAACUCAAGGUCGAAAAAGUUUCCAAACCUCCGACGAACGUUAAUUUUUUGUCGAAAGAAGCGUAUAUUGAUCUCUACAAGAAAAAUCCCAAAAUAUUUGGACAGAAAAUUAAAUAUAAUACACCACAAAAUAAAAAUCUUGGACAAAAAAUCAAAGACAAUGUAUCACAAAACAAAAAUUUUGAACAGAAAAUCAAAUACGACGGACCUCAAAACAAAGUUCUUCCUAGAGAUACCAUGAUCAAAAGUCCCUCUUUGAAGAAAUCGAGUAUUCAAAAGCCAUCUGCUAAAGAAAGUCCCAAAAAGUCGAUUAUUUGCCAUGGUGCAGACCAAUACGGCCAACAGAGCGCAAUCAAAGGCUGGUGCACAGAGAACUGCAGGAAAGGGUUCUGUCCCAAACGAGUAUGUGUGUGCAAGUAUGGAUAAACCACCUCCUGUCUUUACCACAUAACGUCCAGUGAUACAAUAUAGACUAUUAUUAUGCAGUGCGAUAUGUGACAACACAGAUAACCUCAUGUUGUAUUGAGAGAUAAACUGAAUCAGGACAGAUCAAAAGGUUAAAGUUACAUUUUAAGGAGGCUGGGUGGUCAACCAAUUAACUUAACAGAUCUUCCUUCAUUUUUAGAUAUGAUAUGAUUUCUUUAGUAAAGUAAAAACCCAUCUUUGUUCAUCUAGAUAUAUGAUUUUUUUAGUAAAAAUAUUUAGUUUAAAAAAUCCAUAUUUGUAUUAUAUCUUUGAAAUUUGGACAUUUUGCGAUUUCUUUACAAUGAACUCUUUUUCAUGGGGAGAUUAAUAUAGUCUCAAAUAGUCAUGACCAUCCAGCCUUCUUAAACAUAGUUAUGUUUUACUCAUACAUUGCAUUUGUAAAAGUCUCCCUUUCCUAUGGUCUCUGUGAGCAAGAUUUGCAAUGUGUCUAUACUGAAUAGAGAGAAAAAUGGAAUACGGACUUGGUAAAAGUUUUUCCACAAAAAAUAAUGGAUUACAAUAAAGUAUAACGGCGUUGUGCGAGUCCGCCUUGUUGUUGUUGGCAGUACUACUUAAUGUUUGGUUAAUCAUAACUUAAUAUUCUACUUCAUUUCACCACAAAGCCAAUAAAACAACCCUGCAUUAAAAAAUUGUUACAAAGAAUGUUUCAAGCACAAAAGAACUGCAAAAUACCA